AUGGCUGACAGCAUCCCGUUAAAUCCAGUGCGGAAAAACUCGAAGAAAAUUGCGUAUUACAAUGCUGCCAGCUCUACUAGGUACCAGUCAGAAGACGAGCCCUCCAAUCUAGACGAGAUGCCACUGAUGAUGUCUGAGGAAGGCUUUGAGAACGAGGAGAGCGACUAUCACACGCUGCCCCGCGCCCGCCUCGGCCACAGGCGCAGAGGCCUGGCCUGGUUCCUGUGCGGGGGCUGGAAAGUCCUUUGUGGGAGCUGCUGCGACUGCCUUUUCUACUUCUGCCGGCGAAAGAAGGUGCUGAAGGCCCGCACCGUCUGGCUGGGCUGCCCAGAAAAGUGCGAGGAGAAGCACCCCAAAAACGCCAUCAAGAACCAGAAGUACAACUUCAUCACCUUCAUGCCAGGGGUUCUCUACCAGCAGUUCAAGUUCUUCCUGAACUUGUACUUCCUGGUGGUCGCAUGUUCGCAGUUUGUACCAUCUUUGAAGAUCGGCUUCUUGUACACCUACUGGGCACCACUGGGCUUUGUUCUGGCGGUGACUAUGAUGAGGGAGGCGGUGGACGAGGUGCGCCGCUACAGGAGAGACAAGGAGAUGAACUCCCAGCUCUACGGCAAGCUCACCGUUAGAGGUAAAGUCCAAGUGAAAAGCUCAGAUAUCCAAGUUGGCGACCUCAUCAUUGUUGAAAAGAAUCAGAGGAUUCCGGCUGAUAUGGUCUUCCUGAGGACCUCAGAGAAAACAGGAUCAUGUUUCAUCCGCACCGAUCAGCUGGAUGGGGAGACGGACUGGAAGCUGAAAGUGGCUGUGGCCUGCACACAGAGGCUACCGUCCUUAGGGGACCUUUUCUCCAUCAAGGCCUAUGUCUACGCCCAGAAACCCCAGCUGGAUAUCCACAGCUUCGAAGGCAACUUCACCAGGGAGGACUGUGAUCCAGCUGUCCAUGAGAGCCUCAGUAUUGACAACACUCUGUGGGCCAGCACUGUGGUGGCUUCAGGCACUGUGAUCGGGGUGGUCAUCUAUUCUGGCAAGGAGACCAGAAGUGUGCUGAAUACUUCACAGUCGAAGAAUAAGGUGGGCCUACUGGACCUGGAGCUGAACCGGUUGACCAAGGCCCUGUUCCUGGCCCAGGUGGUGCUGUCCGUCGUCAUGGUAGCGCUGCAGGGCUUUGUCGGGCCCUGGUUCCGGAACCUCUUCCGAUUCGUCGUCCUCUUCUCUUACAUCAUCCCCAUCAGCCUGCGUGUGAAUCUGGACAUGGGCAAGUCUGCGUACGGCUGGAUGAUUAUGAAGGACGAGCACAUCCCGGGCACUGUGGUGCGGACUAGCACCAUCCCAGAGGAACUGGGCCGCCUCGUCUACCUGCUCACCGACAAGACAGGCACGUUGACGCAGAACGAGAUGAUCUUUAAACGGCUGCACCUGGGCACCGUCUCGUACGGAACGGACACAAUGGAUGAAAUCCAAAACCACAUCGUUCAGUCCUAUGCUCAGCCCAGUAGUGGUGGAGGCAGUGGAGGCAGUGGCGGUACCUCUGGUUCUGGGUCCACUGCCUCCGGUACCAAGGCCCAGCAGCCGGCGGCACCCAAGGUCCGCAAGAGCGUCAGCAGCCGCAUCCACGAGGCGGUGAAGGCCAUCGCCCUGUGCCACAACGUCACGCCCGUCUACGAGUCCCGAGCCGCCAACGGGGCCAGCGGGGAGACGGAGGCAGCCGAGGCCGACCAGGACUACAGCGACGACAACCGCACCUACCAGGCCUCCAGCCCAGACGAGGUGGCGCUGGUGCGUUGGACGGAGAGCGUGGGCCUGACGCUGGUGAACCGUGACCUGACCUCGCUGCAGCUGAAGACGCCGUCGGGCCAGAUCCUGACCUACUACAUCCUGCAGAUCUUCCCCUUCACCUCCGAGAGCAAACGCAUGGGCAUCAUCGUCAGGGAGGAGGCCACAGGUGACAUCACGUUCUACAUGAAGGGUGCUGACGUUGCCAUGGCGAGCAUUGUGCAGUACAACGAUUGGCUGGAGGAAGAGUGUGGGAACAUGGCCAGGGAGGGCCUCCGUACUCUUGUGGUGGCCAAGAAGUCUUUAUCUGAGGAACAGUAUCAGGACUUUGAGAGCCGCUACACCCAGGCCAAGUUGAGUCUUCAUGACCGUGCGCUGAAGGUGUGUGCGGUGGUGGAGAGCCUUGAGAGGGAGAUGGAGCUCCUGUGCCUGACGGGGGUGGAGGACCAGCUACAGGCUGACGUCAGGCCCACGCUGGAGCUGCUACGCAACGCUGGCAUCAAGAUCUGGAUGCUGACGGGGGAUAAGCUGGAGACGGCCACCUGCAUCGCCAAGAGCUCCCAUCUGGUCUCCAGGAGCCAGGACAUCCACGUCUUCAAACCGGUGUCCAACAGGAGUGAAGCCCAUCUAGAGCUGAAUGCCUUCAGGAGGAAGCAUGACUGUGCCCUGGUCAUCUCUGGAGACUCCCUGGAGGUGUGUCUGCGCUACUACGAGCAUGAGUUUGUGGAGCUGGCCUGCCAGUGCCCAGCGGUGGUCUGCUGCCGCUGCUCCCCCACCCAGAAGGCCCAGAUCGUACGCCUGCUGCAGCAGCACACCAACAACCGCACCUGCGCCAUAGGAGAUGGUGGGAAUGACGUCAGUAUGAUCCAGGCGGCAGACUGUGGGAUUGGCAUUGAGGGGAAGGAGGGGAAGCAGGCGUCUCUGGCGGCCGACUUCUCCAUCACCCAGUUCAAGCACAUCGGGCGUCUGCUGAUGGUCCACGGCAGGAACAGCUACAAGCGCUCGGCCGCCCUGGGCCAGUUCGUCAUGCACCGAGGCAUGAUCAUCUCCACCAUGCAGGCAGUGUUUUCCUCAAUUUUCUACUUCGCCUCUGUGCCCUUAUACCAAGGCUUUCUCAUGGUCGGCUAUGCCACCAUCUACACCAUGUUCCCGGUCUUCUCGCUGGUGUUGGACCAGGAUGUGAAGCCUGAGAUGGCCCUGCUCUACCCAGAGCUCUACAAGGACCUCACCAAGGGUCGUUCCUUAUCUUUCAAGACAUUCCUCAUUUGGGUGUUGAUAAGUGUGUACCAAGGUGGCAUCCUGAUGUACGGGGCGCUGCUGCUCUUCGAGUCGGAGUUUGUGCACGUGGUGGCCAUCUCCUUCACGGCGCUGGUGCUGACGGAGCUGCUGAUGGUGGCCCUGACCGUGCGCACCUGGCACUGGCUCAUGGUGCUGGCCGAGUUCUUCAGCCUGGGCUGCUACCUGGCCUCCCUGGCCUUCCUCAACGAGUACUUUGAUUUGGGCUUCAUCACCACCAAGGCCUUCCUGUGGAAAGUGUCGGCCAUCACGGUGGUGAGCUGCCUGCCCCUCUACAUCAUCAAGUACCUCAAGAGGAAGUUCUCGCCGCCCAGCUACUCCAAGCUCUCCUCCUGAACCACAGACAGAGACACGGAGAGAGAAGGCAGGGUGACCUGUCCUGUCGACAUGGCCUACCCACCCAUCGAGCUGCGCUACCGUACGCUACAAACUGCUCCUGGACCGUUUGUUAAGUUUUGGGGAAUGGUGUUGGCUUCAGUUGCUGUAAAGGAUUCAUUUGGCACGGGCCGAAAAGCCUCUCCCCAUUUGUUAACACAGUGCACGGGUUGUAGCUCAUGUCGACAUUGCAAGGAUCCCCUACUUCCUGCUUUCUCCUGGCACAAGACAUGGCGAAUAGUUAUGGCACAUGUAUACUGUACACCCUCGUCGCAACACUGGAACAGAACAAAAACCUGGAUGGGUGUGGGGGUUGGGGGUGGGAGUGGCUGACUGUCAGGCAGGCAAUGCCAUGAUGGAGAUUGGUGGGACCACGUGGGUUAUUUCAUACACUUGAAAAAAAAAGACUGAAGCACUCGCAAUUGUAGGAUGGAGAGACAUUGAGAACAGUCGGAUGAUGGGAAGAAAGAUAGGGAAGCCUGGUGACAUGGUUGAAAAUGGCCUUUUUUUCUUUAACACACAAAAAAGAAAUUGAAUGUGUUGAGCUGCUGAACUUUCUGCUCUCCUCUCCUGGGGUGCAUUUCUGGAAACCAAAGUUGCUCACUUUAUUAGCAACUUUGCUGUUUGCGGUGCAAUUUCCCAUUGGCAACUACUGAAGUUGCGAACUGCUAACAACUACGCUUUCCAGAAAUGCACCCCGGUCCUCUAGUCUAGUCUGACCAACACCCCGCCCACCCACUGUCCCACUGACCUCCUCCUCCUUUUUUGCAUAUGCGCUACUUGAAUCUGUUUUAAGUCAUGGGGCUGAAUUUGAGUGUACCUACCUUUUUUAUGAUCCUGUUGGACAGCUUUUUUUGUAGAACCGUAACCAGCCCCCUGCUGCUUGGAGCCAAGCACAGCACACAGACUUUUGCAGCACACCUGCACAUGAAAACGGCUCGGACAAAACAAAACAAAACCAACAACAAAAAAAAGAACGACCAUAAGCCAUGUACGUACACGGCUCUGAACUUUGGAUUUGCAGCACACCUGCACCUGAAAAUGGCUCGGAUGAAACACACACAAACACACACAAAAUAGAAACAGAUGUAAGCCAUGUGGCUUUUGGACUUGCAGAACACCUGCACCUGAAAAUGGCUUUGACCUAACAGACACACACAAAAAGAGAAAAAAAAAUCUCUGAACUGUGACCUAUCUCUGACCAGCGGUAGGUCAAUCAGAAUUCUCACCGCACCUGUGGACAUGGCAAGACAGUGGUUGUCUCUCUCUCUUUUUUUUCCCAAAAAGAGUAAACGUCUGCACAUCCCUCCGGCUGACCAGGUGCAUUACAAAUGAUGUUUAGUCCACAAUGAAGAAAGCAAAGGCUGCAACACUAUGUGAAGUGCAGUAUUUUUGGGGGGUUUGUUUUUUAGUAAGCAACGCUUCUUCCUCAGGCAGAAUGCAAUGACGAAACUUUGCUUUCUAACAAUAAAAACGGGAGUUUGAGCAGUGUGGCAGACUUUGUUGGAAUUUUUUGUUCUUUUUUUUUCUUUUUUUUUUGGUCUCUUGUACAAAGAAAACAAAGUUGGCAACACUACAUUACCUUUUAUUAUUAUUCCAAAUCAAGGUUGCUUCCUCAGGCAGAAUGCAAUGGCAAAUCGCUGCUUAAUGAUAAUAAUAAUAAAACACAGGAGUGUUGUGGACUUUGCGUUCUUUAUCGUUUCUUUUUUGGCCUCUUGUACGCAUCCCUCUGCUUCUGCGCAACACACAACUGUUCACCAGCUGAGAUGACUGCGACUUCCAAAACACAUGCUCUGCCACCAGACGCCCACCAGCAGCAUUUGUUUCUUCUUUUUCUCUUUUUUUUUGGAACUUCUCGAUGUUUUAUUUGUUCCAGGAACAGUGUCCUUCCUUUUCUGCCUUGUUUUUUUUUUUCCAAUGGAUGUACAGAUCUGGUGUGUUUGUACACUAGACACUGAGACUUGCGUUUGAACAAUUCUGUGCUAUGACACAUCCUUUACAGUACAUCUCCUUUUGACGUCAAUCAUUCCCCCCUUUCUCUCUCAGACGAUGACCUCUUUCUUUUUAAUGAUUGUGGCGAAAUGAACAAAGUUUGUCUGGUUGGCGCAGUGGAACUAGCUGCCUAUGUACAAUCCUGCUACAGCGAUGACACAAGCAUUGUUUGUUCGGUGUUUUUAUUUUUACUAUGGUGAUUUUCAGUGUUUCUUAGCUUUUUGCCUCUUGUCUCAAUCUUAGUCAUUACCAAAAAAAAGAACAUCCCAUCAUUUCAACUUACUGUAGAUGUGGCAAAUGUCAUGCCUUCAAUCAGUUAAAAAAAAAAAAAAAGGUGUAUCCUCAGUGCAGCAUGUGCCAUGGAUGGUUGGUCGUUUCUUUUGUGGAUUCAGCUUAUUUUGUUGUUUUAUAUUCUAUUUUAAUUGUAGUGAUUGUUUCGUUGCUAACAUAACCUUGUAAUGUACUGUCUGCUUUGCUGGUUAACAGUCCAGCGGACACAAGUAUUUGUUAGGAUGAGUUUUAUCAUUCAUAACAUUGUUUCCAUGCUACUGAUUUUGUUUGUGUGUUCGACAACUUGAACAUAACACCUAUUUAAUACUUAUUUGUGUGAAUGGACUAAGAGGGAGUGAUUGUGUGCAUGCAUGUGUGUGUGGGUGUGUGUGUGUGUGUGUGUGUGCGCGCGUGCAAAUGUAGUAUGUGCAUUGUGUAGACGUGCCAUACGUUGACAUCACAUUUCAGUUGCACUAAGUUGCACUCUGUUUGCUCUGACCUUUUGUUUUUAUUUCCUAUUUCUCCAUAACCUACUGCAUUGGUUCCCAAACUAGGGGUCGGGAAUAGUCUUAAGUCCAAAAGAACAGCUCUUUUCCAAAAUUAGAUCUAUCCAUUUUAUAGAAUGUUGGGAAAUUGACAUUUUUGUAUUGGGUAUUCCAUUGAAAUGCAUUGCAAAAUGCAUUUUUAUAGAGGUUUUAAAGUAUGUUCUCAAAACAUUUGAAUGGCAAGAAUUCACACAUAGAUGAUAAGACCUCUUAACAGUCAAUUCCAAUAUUAAAAUGCAAAAAGUCAAAAAUGGUGGAUAUAGCGUUUUGGAAAAGACCUCUUUAAAGUUUAGGAACCACUGCACUGACCUACUGUAUCUGCCCAGCAAGGCAGCAGCCUUCGUGCAUCUGUUGUUUAUAACGUGUCAAAAGAUUUGUUUAUUGUUGUCUUUGUUUGUUUGUUUCGCUUUCAAUCCAAACACUGAAUGCGUCAAUCACACAGCAGUUUACUCCAGGAGUGUCCCAGGUAAUAUGGCAACUACGAUUCUGUACACAAGAUUCACUGCUUUUUAUACGUGAGCUUGCAUUCCAUGAUGUCUUUUGCUGUUUUUCUCUUUUUUUAAUGAAGGAAGCUGUAUGUCGAGUUCUGUUUCAUGUUUCAUUGUGAGUAAUAAAAGAGCAAUAACUUUAUGUAUCA